ACUGCGAUCAGAUACUGACAGAAGUGGCUGAGCCAGUUAUUUCCACACGGCUUUAAAGAGUGGAAGUGACGCCAGGCGGUCAAAGAAGAGCUGAAGACAUGGCAGAUACAGCAGCUGUAGAAGUAGCUCCUCUCCCCAAACAGCCACAGCAGCAGCAGCAGAACCUGUGUCGUGUCUGCUCAGGUAAACUGAGCGAGGGGGAGCCGGCAGCUUGUGGUCACUCCGUAUGCGGUUCCUGUCUCGGAGACAAAAGCAAAGGAUGUCCACAGUGUCCCGUCAAGCCUGGCAGUCCCAAACAGAAUGGAACAGCUGACGCUCACGUAAAUAAAAACAGCGAGAAGCAGAGUGAAGAGUCAACGACAGCGGAGGAGACCGAGAUCCAAAAAGACCCGAAUCAGUCCGAGGACCCCAAGAAGCCUGAAGAGGACAAAAAGGAAGCAGAACCACAGACAGAGGAAGGACCAAAAGAGGACCAGGAUAAGGAGGAACCUUUGGGCCCCGACGAUGUGGUGUGUGACUCUUGCAUUGAAAGCCCCCGCAGGGCCCUCAAGUCCUGCCUCACCUGCUUGGUGUCGUACUGCGAGGCCCAUCUCAGGCCUCACCUGGAAAAUCCAAAAUUUCAAAACCACCGGCUGGUGGACCCGCUCAGGGACAUCGAGAGGCGGACCUGCGAGAGCCACAAGUGGCCCCUGGAACUGUUCUGCUCCACCGACUCCUGCUGCAUCUGCCAGGACUGCGUGAACGAGGACCACAAGGGCCACAACACCGUGUCUGUGGUGGACGCUCGUAAUCAGAUCGAGAACGAACUGAGGGAGAAACAGAAUGAGAUGAUGAAGACGAUGACGGCGGCAGAAAAUGCCAUCAACAAACUUCAGCUCAAUACAGUCUCCAUUGAGGUAAACACAACAUUAGAAAUGAUUCAUUACACUAAAAUAUGGCUUGUUUUUUUUGCAGACAAAGUGGGAAUAAAGACAACAGUAAAGGCUAUUGCUGCAGCAAAACACAUCAAGUCUCUUCCAGAUCCGGUGACACGGGCGGACUUUCUAAAGUAUGCUGCCCAAGUAAGCUUUGAUCCCGCAACGGCUCAUAAGUUCCUCCGCCUAACGGAGGAUAACAAAAAGGUGACAAACACCUCGCCCUGGCAGCACCCUUACCCCGAUGUGCCCGAGCGCUUUGAGAACUGCCGUCAGGUUCUGGCUGUGGAGAGCUUCUACAUGGGCCGGCACUACUUUGAGGCAGACAUCCAAGGUGAAAGCACUCACGUUGGCCUCACGUACAAGAGCAUCGACCGCAAGGGCAACGAGAGCAACAGCUGCAUCACGGGGAACAGCUUCUCCUGGUGCCUUCAGUGGAAUGGCCGUAACUUCUCCACCUGGCACUGUGAUGUGGAAACUCCCCUGAAUGUGGAGAUGUUUAGUCGUAUUGGGGUUUAUGUGGACUACACGCAAGGCCUGCUGGCAUUCUACGGGGUGGGUGAGACCAUGACGCUCAUCCACAAGUACCAGACGGAGUUCCUGGAGCCGUUGUACCCGGCGGUCUGGCUGCCCAAGAAAGAGAACAAUGUUCUCUUGGUGGCGCCUGGGGAACCUUUACCUCCGAAAACCCCGUCUCCUCCCACCUCACCUACAACAGAAGAUAUUGCUUCAUAAACCGCUUUUCUUGGAGAACUUAAGUAUAAGAGAGUAUUGUACUGAUUCUGGAAAAUAAGAGAUGAACUCUUGAAAUGUUACAACUUGUUUACAGGAGAUUUAUUUUUGUUGCAAAACUAAUCAUCUGUUUCUCAUUUGGGAUCACGUCACGUUGAUGCUCUUCACCGGUGUGUCUUUGGGACUACUGUUACUGAAAAUGUUCUAUAUUUUCUGCAUGCAAAUAAA